AAUCGAAGUUCUAUUGUGGGUUGUGUAGCUGUCCCCUUUUCUGGCUUUGCUGCGCUGUCGUGUACGCGUGGGUUCGUUUACUCUGCGGCGAUAAUAAAUUUGCAACUGGGGGCGGUGUUGGGAGUCAGAAAUGCCAAGCUCGGAGAAGCAUUCUCGCAAAGAUAAGGACAAACAUGAGAAGGAAAGGUGGCACGUCAAGACACUGGAUGAAAUAAGAGAAGAAAAGAAGAAGAAGAAGGAAAGCGAGGAAAAGAAGAAAAAGAAAAGCAAGGAUCCGGCCAAAGAAAUGGUCAGAGAGGAGAAAGUACAAAGGCAGCAGCAUAUAUUUUCAGAAGAUGAGAAGAUGGAUGAGGAUGAAGAUGACGCACUCAACAUCCAGCCUCCGCAGGCCAAACCAAGCUCACAUAAAGAUAGCAGGCACAAGAAGGAGGAGAAGCGAAAGCAUUCCAGAUCACAUAGCAGGGAUAAAGACAGAAAGAGAAGAAAGAGAUCAAGGUCAGCAGAGAAGGAGAAGUCCUCCAGAAGCAAAGGUUCCAACCGAGACAGGGAUAGAGAUCGCGACAGAGACCGGGAGAGACGCCGAGACAGGGAUCGCGACGACUACAGCAGGGAUCGGGACAAAAAGACACGCAAGGAGCAUCAUGAAGAGCGUGAGGACCUACGAGGUGGCCAGAGCCAUCCAUCUGAUCUGCGUCAGAUGAUCAUCGAUAGACGGGAUGAUACGCGGCAGGUUACGGUAUUAGGAGAUCGAUUACAACCGAAGGACGCAGAGAGAAGGUCUAGGGAUGUUAAGAAAGAAAGUGAACGUGACAAGGAAAGGAGGGAGGAUAGACACGAAGACAGACAUAGAGAUAGAGAGAAGAAAGAAAAAGAUGAGAAACGAGAGAAAAGCAGAGAGUCCUCCAAGCACGAAGGAAGUAAAGAUAAAAGCAGAUCAAGGAGAGAUGAACUGAUGGAAGACAGAAGAGAAGGCUCCAGACCAAGUAGCAAGGAGAGGACCUCGGGAAGUAAUCGGUCCGACGAUAGAGACUCGAGGUCAAAGAAAUCAGAGAAGGAACAUCAUUCCUCGUCAAACAGAGAAAGAAGUCCACAUAGGUCAUCUAGAGAUGAUAAAAGAAAGAGGGAUGAGAGGAGAAAAGAGGAGCGCGAAUCGGAGCACGACUCCGAUCAACGGAGAUCCAAAUCGUCCUCCAAGUCUUCCAAAUCGCAUGAGAGAGAUAGACGGAAAGAAGACAGUGAGGAACGCGAGAGAUGGGUAGAGCGUAAGAUUGAGAAGGAGGAAGAGGAGGAGAAGGAGGAGUACGAGAGGAGAGACAUGGAGGAAGAUCAUGAGCUUCAGGAGGAGGAGGAGGAGAAUGCCUCCUCAUCGGAAGAAGAGGAAGAAGAAGAAGAAUCGGAGGAAGAGGAAGAAGAAGAAGAAGAGGAUUCUUCAGAGGCGGAAUCUGAAUCUGAGGAGGAAGAAGAGGGAGUGAAAGAAGCAUCAAGUUCAGAGGAAGAAGAAUCGGCCGAAGAAGGAGAGGCCUCGGCCGAUGAGUUGGAGGAAGGUGAACACAAAGAUUCUGAAGAAGAAGAAGAAGAAGAGGAGGAGGAGGAGGAAGAAGAGGAAGAGGAAGAAGAAGAGAGCGAAGAGGAGGACUCGGAAUCUGAUUCUGAAUCAGAAUCGGAAGAAGAGAGCGAGAAGUCUGGUAGCGAGGCUGAUCAUGAAGAAACACACAAAGAAGAGGAAAAGGCAAAAGUGAAACAAGAAAGAGAAAGUGACUCAUCCAAGAUGUACCUGCAUGCCAAGUCUAAGUUCGAUGACGACAGUCCCAGCCCGACCGGUCCGCUACGGGAUCGCAUCAAGAAGGAGGCAGAAGACGACGUCGACGAUCACAGCGACACGGAGUACCUCCAGGACUCCCCCGUCGCCUCCCCCAUCGAGCUGGAGGAGAAGUUGCCCCCGUACCUCCCUGCCAUUCAGGGCUGCAGGAGCGUGGAGGAGUUCCAGUGCCUGAAUAGGAUCGCUGAAGGGACGUAUGGUGUGGUGUACAGAGCAAAUGAGAAAAAGAAAAAUUCAAUUGUUGCCCUGAAGAGACUUAAAAUGGAGAAAGAAAAGGAAGGUUUUCCAAUCACAUCGCUUCGAGAGAUUAGUACUUUACUCAAGGCUCAGCACAGGAAUAUAGUUACUGUUAGGGAGAUCGUUGUUGGUAGUAACAUGGAUAAGAUCUACAUUGUAAUGGACUAUGUAGAACAUGAUCUGAAAUCACUCAUGGAGACCAUGAAACAACCGUUUACUAUAGGUGAGACCAAAUGUUUGAUGCUUCAGUUGCUGCGUGGAGUGCAUCAUCUCCAUGACAACUGGAUCCUCCACCGGGAUCUCAAGACGUCCAACCUCCUCCUCAACCACCAAGGGUGUCUGAAGAUCGGAGACUUUGGUCUAGCCAGGGAGUAUGGUUCCCCGAUCAAACCGUACACGUCCAUCGUGGUCACCCUGUGGUACAGGGCCCCUGAACUGCUUCUUGGUACCAAGGUCUAUUCAACACCCAUAGAUAUGUGGUCAGUAGGUUGUAUAUUUGCUGAGUUCCUUACCAUCAAACCCAUCUUUAAUGGACGCUCGGAAAUUGAUCAACUCAACAGGAUAUUCAAGGAAUUAGGCACUCCAAGUGAGAAGAUCUGGCCUGGCUAUAAUGAGCUUCCUGCCGUGAAGAAGACAACCUUUGCUCACCAUCCUUACAAUAAUCUCAGGAAUCGAUUCGGAACCUACCUAACGGACAUUGGCUUUGAACUACUCAACAAAUUUUUGACCUAUGACCCUGCUCGUCGCGUCUCGGCGGAGGACGCCCUCAAGCAUAGCUACUUUACCGAGUCUCCGCUCCCGAUCAGUGAGAACAUGUUCCCGACGUGGCCUGCUAAGAGCGAGAUGGUCAGGACAAACAAGCCCAGGAGUCCACAGGCACCCGAAGGAGGCCAACAGUUUGCUAAACUGGAAAAAGAGGAAGAAGAUUCUGGAUUCCGAAUGAACUUACCGACCCAAGGAAGCUCAGCGCAGAGUGCAGGAUUCAGCCUGAAAUUUUAAUGAUGAUCAUUAAAAAUCCACUAUUCUUAUGCAUGAAGUGAAGAUAUUCCACAGACCAGACACUAGAUUCUUGGCUCGGCUGUAGCUCCUGCUGCUAAAGGCACUUGGUGUAUUCAAGGAAUUAAUCCUAGUGGGUACCCAUUCACCUCACCUGGGUUGAGUGCAGCACAAUGGAUACAUUUCCUGCUGAAGGAAAACACGCCAUGGCUGAGAUUCGAACCUACGUCUCUCUCAUUGAAAGACAAAAUUCGUGAGCACUAGACCAUGACAUCCCCACAUGCUCUUACUCAAACAAGUCUUUGAUUAUGGGACCUGCUCUGAAUUUAAAAUUGGGUCUCAAGUUUGAAUAUUCACUAUCCCAGGCAGCACUAAGUGCAGGGUGAAGUUGCACUGAUUGGUUUUUAUUCAUCAACUUUAAUCUGUGGUCCGUUUCAUAAAGCAGUUCAUAAGUUAAGAGUGACUUUUAAGAACGACUGGUGAUCCUAUCUUGUGGUAAAUAUUAUUCACCAUUAAAUGUUCCUUGGUGAUAAUUUAGCGCGUAAGAACAGAUCCCCAGUCGUUCUUAGAGUCGCUCUUAACUUCCGAAAAGCUUUAUGAAAGAACCCGCCUGUACUUGGAAAGUUAAGUGUCCAAAAACAAUGCAAAAUGCAGUAUUAUGUCUCAAGUUUUAACGAUGCCAGUGCACUUUAGAUGAGCAGCCAUGACAAGAAAGUGAUGACAAUUUUAGAAAUCAAUGAUUGGAACUCCUCGUGAAAGUUGAUGCCCAAUGUUUCAAUGGCAGUUGAAGUCCUUGGAUCAACAUGAAUGGUUAUUUAUGUGAAUAUUGUCUACACUUUUCAAAAAGUGUCCCCAGAGGCCAAAAUCAAAGAAUAU